AUGAAACGCAAGUCUACAUCCGACCUUCCUACGCCAAAGGUGCGCAAGCAGGCCCCCGUCGACGACCACAAGGUCAAGUUCUCGUCUACCGAGAAAUCCGCCAAGACCGCCUCGCCUGCCUCUACCGAGCGAAAGUCGAUCCUCAAGAAGCCCCUCCGCUCAGAAUCUAGCACAGCAUCGAAAGACUCAAAACCAAAAUUGACCAUGUCCGCCUCCGCUCUCCUCAAAGCCAACACCAAGGCCGCCUCAAAGACACAGCUUUUGCCCCAAAAGGGGCGACCCCAGCCAGUGCCGAUUGCUGCUACCCGAGGCGAUGUUACAGGAGGCAUGGGCAGAAAGAGACGUGCACGCCGCGAGGACAAGGAGGAAGUGAACAGCGGAGACGACAGCGACAGCGAUAACGACGGCGAGGAUGAGAAGGAUUCAGGAGACGAUGCCGAAGAGUCUGACGAGGAUGAUUUCGAGGGCAUGCCAGCUACUGUUAAGAAAACGUCAAAGAAGCACACGGAAGAGAACAUGGCAGAGGCUAUGUCCAAGAUUUUGGGAUCGAGUCUACGCAAGGCAGAUGCCAGCACACCCAUUCUGGCGAGAUCUCGUGGAGCAGAGAGAAAGAUUGAGGAGGAAAAGAUGGAAGCCAAGGCUAGGAAGGCGAUCUCGAACGAGAAGAAGCGUUUGGCAAACAGGGACCGCGUCAAGCCAGACUAUACUGGCAUGGAAUACGAGAAGAAGCUGCGCAAGGUCGCCACCCGCGGAGUGGUUCAAUUGUUCAAUGCUAUCAAGGUCCAGCAGAAGGCUACCGAUGACCUGACGGAGAAGGUUCGCCCUAUUACCACCAACUCCAAGGAUAAAGUUGCCAACCUUACGAAAGCGUCGUUCCUCGACCUUCUCAAGUCUGGUACCAAAGUCGGUGCCGUCACACCUACAGCAGAGGCCGAGGAGUGCUUGAAGAAUAUCGCCAAAUACAACCAGUACACCAAUGCCUUUGUCGACCUCACCCAACCCGAUCAUAUCCGAUCUCAAGCUGCCGAAGCAACGCGUCGCUGGGAGUCUGAGGCGGCCAAAAGUGCGGUGGACGGGGCUGUCAUGGGAUACAAGAUGAACUUUUGCACGUCGGACUUGCGCACAACGUGUUCGUCCGCCAUGCUCGAAAAUUUCAAGGCACCGUACACGGCUACAGCUAUCGAAUUGCUGGAGAAAGCAGGAGUCAUCAUGGGCGGAAAGAUUAACAUGGACGAAUUCGGGAUGGGGUCACACAACGUUCACAGUCAUGCAGGACCAGCAAGGAAUCCGUUUAGAAUUAUUGGUCGUUCUCCGGACGAGGCCAAGGAACUGGAAGCUCGCUCUGCUGGUGGAAGUUCAGGAGGCAGUGCUGCAGCUGUGGCUAGCAACAUGUGCUUUGCCGCACUUGGAUCGGAUACAGGAGGAUCAGUCAGACUGCCUGCGUCAUACUGCGGAGUAGUGGGAUUUAAGCCAUCAUAUGGCCGGAUAUCUCGAUGGGGUCUUGUUGCAUACGCCAGUUCCUUGGACACAGUGGGCACACUCACCAAAACAGUUGACGAUGCCCAAACUAUUUAUGACAUCAUGGCAAAGGAAGACCCCAAGGACUCAACAUGCCUGACAGAGAGGCAACGAAAGGCAAUCGCGGAUACCAUCAACCCUAUCGAUCUGACAAAAUUCAGCGACCAGGAAGUGAAGACGAAGCCGUUGUUGGGCGUCAGAGUGGGCAUUCCUCAAGAGUUCAACGUUGCUGAGCUGGCUCCCGCAACAAAGGACCUCUGGAGGCGAGGGAUUCAGGCUCUGAAGGUUGCAGGAGCUGUGGUGAUACCUGUGAGUCUUCCCAACACUAAGCUUGCUGUUGGAGCAUACUUCACCUUGGCCACCGCCGAAGCGUCGAGUAACUUGCAGAGAUACGAUGGAAUCCGAUAUGGUCAUCAGAGUGACAAGAAUGAUGAGAAGGAUGCGCUUUACACUCACACCAGGAUGGAGGGAUUCGGCAAGGAGGUCAAGCGCCGUAUCCUCCUUGGAACCUAUGUUCUCACCUCAGGGUCGUUUGACAACUUUUUCUUGCGGGCUCAAAAGAUUCGCCAAAUGGUCCGGAAUGACUUUGACAGGGUGUUUUCACGCCGGAACGCCAUUACAGGAUCGUGUGGGAACCUGGUAGAAGACUUUGAGAAUGACAACAGCGCCGCCACCAGAGUCCACGCCCUGUUGACGCCAGUGGCUGUCUCGACAGCACCCAAACUAAAGGACGUGAUUGGCGACCAGAUUGACCCUGUCGAUGCGUUCUUGGACGAUAUCUUCACCAUCCCAGCGAGUCUUGCCGGGAUCCCAUCGAUGAGUGUGCCAUUUGGGACAUGUACGAAGGAUGGCUUCCCGAUGGGGCUGCAGGUCAUCAGUCAGUAUGGUGACGAGGAGAUGGUGUUUAAGGUGGCGAGGGUCAUUGAGGAGAAGGGCAAGGGGAUGUGCAGCGAGAAACAAGGAGAACAAUAA